AAGGGAGGCUGAAGCGGUUCCCUCUCAGGCGGCGCCAUUUUGUGGUAAGAGGGCCGAGAUUCAAAAAAAAUAAUAACAAAUCCAAAAAACAUACCCGCGCAAACCCACUGACCCGGUUCUGUGUCAAGCGGGCGACGGAACCAGGGUCCCUGGAAUGGCGGAGACUCUGUCGGGUUUAGGAGACGCGGGUGCGGCGGGCACGGCGGCCGUGAGCUCCACGGCGUCAGAGACCGGGACGCGGCGGCUCAGCGACCUGCGGGUGAUCGACCUGCGGGCGGAGCUGCGGAAGCGAAACCUCGACUCGAGCGGCAACAAGAGCGUGCUGAUGGAGCGGCUGAAGAAGGCCAUUGAAGAUGAAGGUGGGAAUCCCGAGGAAAUCGAAAUCACCUCAGAGGGCAACAAGAAGAUGCCUAAGAGGCCGGGCAAAGGAAGGAAACCAGAAGACGAGGGUGUGGAGGACAACGGGCUCGAAGAGAAUUCUGGGGAUGGGCAGGAGGAUGUGGAGACCAGCCUGGAGAACCUGCAAGACAUGGAUAUGAUGGACAUCAGUGUGCUGGAUGAGGCUGACAUUGACAAUGGCAGCGUGGCAGACUGUGUGGAGGAGGAGGAAGAGGCCACACUCCCUGAGGGCCUAGCAGACAGCACUGAACUGGUAGAAGGUGACUUGAAGGGGCUCCCGGAACAGCUGCAUGAGCAGGAGCAUGUGAUAGAUGACAAGGAAGCCAUUAACAAUGUAGAUACAUCAUCAUCUGACUUCACCAUCCUGCAGGAGAUGGAAGAGGCAUCUUUGGAGCCAGAAAAUGAGAAAAUACUCGACAUUUUGGGGGAAACUUGUAAAUCUGAGCCAGUAAAAGAAGAAGGUUCGGAGCUGGAGCAGCCCUUUGCCCAGGCCACGAGUAGCGUGGGGCCAGACAGGAAGCUGGCGGAGGAAGAGGACCUAUUUGAGAGCUGCGGCCACCGGGAAGAGGAAGAGGAAGAGGAGGAGGAAGAAGAAGAUCAGGAAGAGGAGCAGGAGGAGGAGGGAGAUUUAGCUUUGGCCAGCAGCAGCAAGUCUGAGUCUCCAAGCACUCGGUGUCAGUGGAGCGAGGCAGACGCCCCGUUAGCAGUAGUGAAAAGGGAGCCGGCAGAUGCGCCUGGCGGAGGCACUGGGAUGGACCGCGAGCCUGUAGGGCAGGAGGAGCCAGUUGAACAGAGUAGCACGGCUGCCCAGCUCCCGGAGGCCACCAGCCAGGAGCUAGUGCGAGCGCCCACGGCAGCCCUGAGCCCUGAGCCCCAAGAUAGCAAAGACGACGUGAAGAAGUUUGAUUUUGACGCUUGUAAUGACGUCCCUGCGGCUCCUAAAGAGUCCUCAGCCAGUGAGGGCGCUGAUCAGAAAAUGAGUUCUGUGGAGGAUGACUCGGAUACAAAAAGGCUUUCCCGAGAGGAGAAGGGUCGCAGCAGCUGUGGUAGGAAUUUCUGGGUUAGUGGCCUUUCAUCUACAACCAGAGCCACGGAUCUGAAGAACCUUUUUAGCAGAUACGGGAAGGUGGUGGGUGCUAAGGUUGUGACGAAUGCCCGGAGUCCUGGAGCUCGCUGCUAUGGCUUUGUCACUAUGUCCACAGCUGAAGAGGCAACAAAAUGCAUUAGCCAUUUGCACAAAACUGAGCUGCAUGGCAAGAUGAUCUCAGUGGAAAAGGCCAAAAGUGAGCCCGCUGGCAAAAGAGUACCUGACAGGCGAGAUGGGGACAGCAAGAAGGAGAAGGCCAGCACCACCAGUGACAGAUCUGCAAACCUUAAGAAAGAGGAGAAAGUUGAUAGAAAAGAUGAUGCCAAGAAGACAGAUGAUGGGAGCCCAGAGAAGAGCAAGGAUGCAGAAGACCAGAAGCCUGGGCCGCCAGAGCGCUCGCGGACGACCAAGUCAGGAAGCCGCGGCACUGAGCGCACUGUGGUGAUGGACAAGUCCAAAGGCGUGCCUGUCAUCAGUGUGAAGACAUCCGGGUCCAAAGAGAGAGCCUCCAAAAGUCAGGACCGAAAGUCAGCCAGCCGGGAGAAGCGGUCUGUUGUGUCCUUUGACAAGGUUAAAGAGUCUCGAAAGUCUAGAGACUCAGAGUCACGGAGGGAGCGGGAGCGCAGUGAGCGGGAGCAGAGGCUGCAGGCCCAGUGGGAACGGGAGGAGCGAGAGCGGCUGGAGAUUGCUCGAGAACGCCUGGCGUUCCACCGCCAUCGGCUGGAGCGGGAACGCAUGGAGCGCGAGCGGCUGGAGCGGGAGCGCAUGCACGUGGAGCAAGAGCGGAGGCGCGAGCAAGAGCGCAUUCACAGGGAGCGGGAGGAGCUCCGGCGGCAGCAGGAACUGCGCUAUGAACAGGAGCGCCGGCCUGCCGUGCGCAGGCCUUAUGAAGUGGAUGGCCGGCGAGAUGAUACCUAUUGGCCAGAAGCUAAGCGGCCCGCACUGGAUGACCGUUACCACUCAGACUUCAGCCGCCAGGACCGCUUUCACGACUUCGACCACAGAGACAGAGGCCGCUAUCCCAACCAUGCUGUGGACAGGAGAGAAGGUUCACGGUCGAUGAUGGGAGAGAGAGAAGGCCAGCAUUACCCUGAGCGCCAUGGAGGACCUGAACGCCAUGGCCGGGACUCUCGAGAUGGCUGGGGCUAUGGCUCAAACAAGAGACUGAGUGAAGGCCGCGGGCUGCCCCCUCCUCCCAGGGGCAGGCGUGACUGGGGGGAGCAUGGCCGGAGACUUGAAGAUGACCGUGCAUGGCAGGGCACAGCUGAUGGAGGCAUGAUGGAGCGUGACCACAAGAGGUGGCAAGGUGGUGAGCGGAACAUGUCUGGCCACUCAGGGCCUGGUCACAUGAUGAACCGUGGUGGCAUGUCAGGGCGAGGCAGCUUUGCUCCUGGAGGAGCUUCUCGUGGCCACGUGAUCCCACGUGGAGGGAUGCAGGCAGGCUUCGGGGGACAGAGCCGGGGCAGCAGACCCAGUGAUGCCCGCUUCACCCGCCGCUAUUGAGCACCUAAGCCACCCGACCAUGACCUCCAAGUCCUGUCAGGACUUCUUCUCCCACCAUUGUACAAAAGAAAAAUUUUUUUUAAUCUGCUGCCAUAUUGUAGCUUGUUACGAUGUGAGUUUGUUUUCAUUUUUGUUCCUUUUUUUUUUUUUGUAAUAAAGAUUUUCUGUUCAUGUGCCCUUUACUUCAAA